GUGAGCGUGGGUGCGAAGAGUAAAGAGUCGGAGUGAAACACCAUGAGGAUUACCAUGAUUGGAUAUAUAAAUUGUACAUUGCUCCUGCUGUUCCUGGGAUUCCUGGACUUUGCUCAGGCUCAAACGCAGCCUUUGAAUGAUUCGAACAUCUUAGGCGGUGGAUUAGUGGCCCAAGAACCUGGCAUGUGGCGUCAGGGCAGGCGGAGAAGCGUCCUGGCAGAUAGCUGUGUCACCAACAGCGGCACCACUGGCACCUGCCUCACGCGGUUCAAGUGUAUGCGUCAGUCGGGCACCGUCAAUGGAUAUUGCGGCACUUAUGGCGUUUGCUGUGAAACCAACCUCCAGGUCGGAGCUUCCACCCGCCAAAAGCGAGUGAUUAUCAAGAAUCCUGGUGCCUUGACCAAUGAUCUUAACACCUACACAAUCGAGGCCUUCAGCAGCAAUGUCCAGCAGCUGCGCAUCGACUUUGAGCAGUUCGAGCUGGCGCAGCCCACGGAAACGGAUGGAGUCCUAGAGUGCAUGGACUACUUCGAGGCGGACGACUUUAAGCUGUGCGGCGUGAACAGUGGCCAGCAUCUGUACCUGCCCUUCAAUGCGGCCGCGGGAGUAGAGCAGGUGACCCUUUCCUUUUCGGUGCCCUCGAGGUGGUCGGGAACCAUGUGGCGACUGAUAGUGACCCAACUGGAGGGUCCACCGCCGGGUAGUAAGCGUCGUUCCAGCACAACUUCGGGAGCCUUUGGGGUCAGCACAAAUUCUCUGCAGGAUCUGCGCGACAUCUUUGCCUCCCAUCAUGCUGACUACGAGCUACUGGCUCCGGCGGGCUGCCAGCAAUACUACACGGAGCUGUCGAACACCAUUCGCAGCUUCAACUUCCAGACCUCGGUGACCAGCAACUAUAUGCCGGGAUUGAGCUACAACAUCUGCAUCAAGUCGGCGGCCAGUGCCAGUAUGAUUGAAUACUCCUUCAGCAAGUUUUCAAUGUCCGUGCAGGACGGGGCCGCCGAGGGCUACGACGAGUUCUGCCAUGCCACUGUACAUACGGCUGGCCGGCAAGAGGACUACCUGAUGAUACCACAGGGCAUUCUGGCCAAGAACAUGGCCUACCAGCCCACCUACUACUGUGGCAGCAAUGACAACCUGCUGGUGUAUGCCUCGCCGCCGUAUUUGCUGCACUUCUCCAGCGACGACCUCACCCUGGACAGAAGCAUAGAGACAGGCUUCAGCCUGACUUACCGCCUCCGGAACUCGAUGCUGUAGGUGCUGAACAGCUGGCGCUUAAUAGGUUUUCGAUAGCAGGUUACUCUAGGAUUUAAUAAACUCGAAUGUCUUUAA